UUUCACUGGUGGACUGCUAGUGGGGUGUUUUUGGGAGUUAUUUUCCGUUUCUUGUCUUCUACUUUCUUCCACUUAUAGCUUGUUCCGGUUUGAUUUCUAGCGCGCAGUGCACCUGCGGUUCCCUGCCUUAUAUGAACAGAUCCCGCGAUCGUUUUCUGCUCCGUGUUAACAAAGUGUGCGACGUGGCUGGCGAUGGAUUUAAGUGUAUAGCAGUGGCGAACGAUUUAAAACAACUAAAUUCAGGAUAUUGAAUUAUCCUCAUGUACUGCCUCCUGCCCAGUAUAUUUUAUCAAUCUGUUUUAUAUCGAUUAUGGCUUGCCUCUGGUGAACUAAAAAGAUAGAAAACGAGUUUGCCUGUUACAGACUUACUGCUUUUAGGAACGGAGGGCAAGGAGUGUAUAAACAACCAAAUACAAUUGAAUUCUCCUUGGAUGGCCCUGAAUGGGAAUGUGUGAAAGCUGAAGGCACAGCAUGAUAGCUAAUUGACUGAAGGGGCUUCUGCACUGUGAGAAGGUGGGAGAAGUAGUCUCCUUUAGAUUUUCCUGGAGAUUUCUCUCUCUUUUUCCCUUGAUACAGGCUAUCAUGUCUCAGGAAAGUCAGCAUGGGAAAUGGACAUUGUCCAGUAGUGAAGACAGUAUGGAUGAGUUAGUUGAUUCUGAGAAGCCUUCUACCUCUGUGGUGCAGAGAGGUCAGGAAAGUAAAGAGAGUAGUCACUCUUGCUCGGAGGCAAGGAAAGUUGCUCUCAAGAGAAAAAUGUCUCCUCUGAAAUAUGUAGCUGGAAAUCUUCCACAGGAGGAGGCCUCAGAUCAGAAAUUUGCACAGGAAGACUUUGGCUGGUGUCUUUCAAGUAGUGAAGAUGAGGAUCUUAAAGCCUCGAGUGGAAAUAGAGAUGCAAUAAGUACAGUCAGAAAAGCAGAGAGUAGUACAUCCAUGGAGCUGCCAAAAACGUGUAAGAUUUCAUCAAGUUGCAAGUCUGCAGUCCCAUCUGAAGUGCAGGAUACAUGGGAUCUGUUGAAUGGGCAGAACCCCUUCAGAUUCUUCCUCACUAAAGUCAAAGGAAUUAAGUCAAAAUACAAUUCUGGAGCCCUUCAUAUAAAAGAUAUUUUAUCUCCUCUUUUUGGGACUCUUGUAUCUUCUGCUCAGUUUAAUUAUUGUAUAGAUGUGGAAUGGCUGGUCCAGCAAUAUCCAAAGGAAUUCAGGGACAAACCUUUAUUAAUAGUCCAUGGAGAGAAGCGAGAAUCCAAGGCUGAGCUACAUGAAGAUGCUCACCCAUAUAAAAAUGUUCGUUUAUGCCAGGCAAAAUUGGAUAUUGCCUUUGGAACCCACCACACGAAAAUGAUGCUGUUGAAUUAUGAAGAAGGUCUUCGAGUGGUGAUACACACAUCCAAUCUUAUUGAUGAUGAUUGGUACCAGAAAACACAAGGAAUAUGGCUAAGUCCUUUGUAUCCAAGAUUGCCUCCUGGGAGUGCUGAGUCUGAUGGUGAAUCUCAUACAAAUUUUAAGUCAGAUCUAAUAAGCUAUCUGGUAUCUUAUAAUUCUGCUACUCUGAUGGAAUGGGUUGAAAUAAUUAAGCAACAUGAUCUUUCGGAGACAAGAGUAUAUCUUAUUGGGUCAACUCCAGGUCGAUACCAAGGUAAUGCAAAAGAAAAAUGGGGUCAUCUUAAACUGAGAAAGCUUCUGAAGGAACAUGCAGUACAAAUACCUGAUCAAGAUCUUUGGCCGAUAAUAGGACAGUUCUCAAGUAUUGGAUCAAUGGGAAUUGAUCAGUCCAAAUGGCUGUGUUCAGAAUUUAGAGAAAGUUUGGGGAGUUUAGGAAGCAAUUUGAAGACUCCUUCAAAUGAAAUUCCGAUCCAUCUGAUUUACCCAAGUGUUGAAAAUGUGAGACAAAGUUUAGAAGGUUAUCCAGCUGGGGGUUCUCUUCCAUAUAGUAUACAAACUGCACAAAAGCAGCUUUGGCUAAACUCUUAUUUCCACAAAUGGUCAGCUGAAACUUCAGGUCGUAGUCAUGCAAUGCCACAUAUUAAAACUUACAUGAGAGUAUCCUUGGAUUUCCAGAAGAUUGCAUGGUUUCUAGUGACAAGUGCCAAUCUUUCUAAAGCUGCUUGGGGAGCUUUUGAGAAAAAUGGCACCCAGCUGAUGAUCCGAUCAUAUGAACUAGGAGUUUUGUUCCUGCCUUCAGAAUUUGACUUGAAUACAGGGUAUUUCCAAGUAAAGGAAAACAUGUUGUCUAAUACAUCAGUAUUGUCAUUUCCUGUCCCUUAUGAUCUGCCCCCUGAGAAGUAUGAAAAAAAAGAUCGCCCAUGGAUUUGGAAUAUUCCUUACAUCAAAGCUCCUGAUACACAUGGUAAUAUGUGGGUUCCUAAGUGAAUAGUUUAAAGUAAUUCUGAAUCUUUAUUCGGAGUCAUUUGAAUACCUGUCAGAUUUUAUUAUUGAUAUCUGUACACUUGAAAAUAAUUGUUUGAAUAAAAUAAAAUAAAAAUAAGCUACUUUGAAUUAUUAUUAACAGCAUUUAUGAAAAAAUAACUGCUUUGAAGAUUAGCAGUUCUAAAUCUCAUGAUAAAUCAUACUUUUGAAAUUACAUGUAUGCAGAUGGUCCUUGUUUAGUGACCAUAAUUGGGGCUACCAACUCAGUCAUUAAGCAAAGUGGUCACUAAAUGAAAUAGCUAAUGUUCUUCAUCUUUCCUUUGCUUAUAGACCUGCCAAGUCAUAAAUAUGAGAAUUGAUCAUAAAGCUUUUUUUACUAAUAGAACAUUUUUCAUCAAUGUUGUAACUGAACGGUUACUUAAAUGAGGCAAUUGCUAAACAAGAUCUACCUGUAAAUUAGAAAAUUUUGAAAUGGCCAUGUCAGAUAGUUGUAUUUUUUAGCCAGAAUAUCUUUAAUCCUUUUGGGGAGUUUUGUGAAAUUCUGAAUGUGAUAAAAGAGAAAGUUUACAGAAAAUUGAAAUAAAGUACCCAGCUGUGUUAGCAAUAAAAAUGAAAUUAUAUAUAUUUUUUGCAAA